CGCAGGCUGUUGGUAUUCUUUGCCUGGUUCUUACUGGAGCAUGGCUUGGUGCAUAUUGGGGUGGCUUCGAUUGGGAAGACCCCAGAAAAGUCUUCAACUAUCACCCUUUGUUCAUGGUUCUGGGUCUCGUAUUUCUGUAUGGAGAUGCGAUCCUUGUCUAUCGAGUCUUCCGCACGUACCGAAAGCUUUCCCUCAAGAUUCUCCAUGCAGUUCUCCACAUCCUAGCUUUUCUGUUCGCCGCAGUGGGCAUCAAGGCUGUUUUUCAAAUGCACAACGAUCUCGGAAUCCCAAACAUGUACAGUCUGCACAGCUGGCUUGGUAUCGCUGCUGUGGUACUGUUUGGCGUUCAGUGGCUGGCUGGGUUGAUCGCCUUCCUGGUUCCUCCUGUCCCACAACCGGCUCGAGCAGCUUACUUGCCAAUUCAUGUCUCCUUUGGUGGCAUGCUAUACCUGCUUAUCAUUGGUGUGUGUAUCGCCGGGAUUACGGAAAAGAAUUUCUUCUCGAACAAGUACCCCGUAUCCCAACCCCGAGAGUUGCUCGGCAACGCUCUUGGAAUCUGUCUCGUUGUAUUCGGUGGUCUGGUUUUCUAUCUGACUAGUCAACCCGCCUAUCGACGCGUCGAGGCGGUCUCUCCCGAACGACGUGCUCUCAACGAAUGAUCAUCCACAGGCUCAUUCCACCGUGAUUUUGUGUUAUGAAUCUUUCGCUUUCUGUUUUACCUGCUCUCCUUUCACUGUUAUCAUUCGCAGUUGUCUACCAAACCACGAAUGAUUUCAAAUUUCACCACUGGCCAUUACGAUUGUUAUUCCAACUUCACGACCAUUUUCACAGAGACUCCCCCCUCCUUUUCGACUAUGUUGUUUCUAUCCGUGUGACAGGUGCAAACUUUUUAAAUUUUCCCGCGUAUUAUUUCAGCGUCACCACUGACCUUUUUUGCCAUUGUUACCACUAUUUAUUUUUGGUAUUUAUUUGGAUCCCCCACUGAAGGUGAAUUGUCAUGAGCUUUUUCCAUUCUAUUUGAAUUCUGGUUCGCAUAUUCACGUCCCCUCAUGGAUUCACCGCGUUUUCAUCGUCCGGGGCAGCAUCGUGUCUGAUCAUUCUACCCUCCGUUUCUUUCGUGGUGCGCUGUUGUCUUCUGUGAUUUUGUCGCGCUGGUCAGAUCGUGCAAUAUACCUGUGUCGUAGUUUGUCGAGUAUUACUUUCCAAUAUGAUUAUACUUCUUUUACUUCGAGGCGAUCGAAGAAUGGUUUUUGAUUACAUAUGGUAAACCG